UUCACUGUAGAAGAGUCGGGUUCCAACUUCCAAACACAACCAGAGAGAGAGAGAGAGAGAGAGGGGGGGAUCAGAAAAGCAAGAAUGGGGGAUUAUCACUUCGUGUACAAGGACGUAGAAGGAGCGUCUACGCAGUGGGACGACAUUCAGAGAAAGCUCGGGAAUCUUCCGCCCAAGCCACCGGCCUUCAAGCCUCCGCCGUUCACUGCCGCUGAAGACGAAGCCUCUCUUCCGAAGGACAAGUCUUGGAUCGACUGGAAGACCGAAGACGAGCUCGAAGACCUCGAAGAUGACGCCAAUCUUGACGACGAUCGCUUUCUCGAAGAAUACAGGAAGAAGAGAUUGGCAGAGCUAAGAGAAGCAGCUAAGGUUGCGAAAUUCGGAUCAAUUAUUCCGAUUUCAGGAUCGGAUUUUGUGAGAGAGGUCUCUCAAGCUCCAUCUGAUGUUUGGGUGGUUGUGAUUCUCUACAAAGACGGAAUCGCAGAGUGCGGCGUGCUGAUGCAAUGCUUGGAAGAAUUGGCAACUAGAUACCCUGCUACUAAAUUUUGCAAAAUAAUAUCCACGGAUUGCAUUCCAAACUACCCAGAUCGUAAUCUUCCUACUCUUCUAGUGUACAACAAUGGGGCGGUCAAAGCAAAUUACGUAGGCUUGCAGCGGUUCGGCAGGAGAUGCACGCCUGAAGGUGUAGCAUUAGUUCUCUGCCAAUCGGACCCUGUACUCAACGACGGCCAGAGUGGAAGCGAAUCGGGUAAAGCUGUUAUCGAUGGAGUUCGCAAGAGGUUUCUAGAGAAGGUCGUGACAGAACAUGAAGAUGAUGAUGAUGGAUCGUCAAGCGAUUAGAAGUCUUUGUAAUUUAUAUGGUUUGUGUAAGGUAUUAAGCUUGUUGUUCCUCAAGAGAUGAAGUAGUUGCCCAUUUUUCUUUUUGGUUCUUUGCACUUUGGCUGCUGGUACAACUUUCCUGGUACCCCCUUGACGCUUAAUUUUGGUUACCUCGAUGUUUAAUUAACAUGUUUCUUGUCACAUUUUUUAUACCACAGGUAAUAAUGAUAUUUCGUCU